AUGUCUGCUACAGCUCUUCGUUUGCGCGCCCAAUGGCUGGCGACACGACGUCCCCUGUCGCCACGAUGCCUUAUCGUCAAGCAGCCAGCUGCACGACUCCCGGCUCUCGCACGUGCUAAGCAUACUACCACUCGAGGAUUCUACUCGAGCUCUUCCGCCGACUCGGAGUCAGGUAAACCACAGACUCAAAUCGACAAUGCCUCGCUCUUCGCUCCUCUCGACACGUUCGCCCGCCGCCACAUUGGCCCGACCGCCGAAUCCACCGAGGAGAUGCUCAAAGUGCUCGAUCCGCCGGCAAGCAGCUUGGACGAGUUCGUGUCCCAGGUCCUGCCAAGCACGAUUCUGUCGAAGAAAGAUUUGAAGGUGGAGGGACCUAUCCCAGAAUCGGGAUCUGUGCCCAGCGAGUCGGGCGGAUACUCGGAGAGCCAACUUCUUACGCGGCUGCGACAGAUUGCUAGUGAGAACAAGGUCUACAAGAGUUAUAUCGGGUGCGGAUAUGCAGGCACCAGAGUUCCAGAGGUGAUCAAGCGCAAUAUUUUGGAGAACCCGGCAUGGUACACCAGCUACACUCCAUAUCAGCCUGAGAUCAGUCAAGGCCGACUGGAGUCUUUGCUCAACUACCAGACGAUGGUAUGCGACCUGACUGGUCUUGCCAUUUCCAAUGCCUCCGUUUUGGACGAGGCUACUGCAGCGGCUGAGGCCAUGACUCUGUCGAUGAACGCAAUGCCAGCGACUCGCCUGAAGCGACCGAACAAGACAUACUUUGUGUCCCACCUUUGCCAUCCGCAGACGCUUGCUGUGUUGGAGAGCCGUGCUCAUGGUUUUGGUAUCAAAAUUGAGGUCGGCGAUGUCCUCGCCAACAACAGCAGCCGUGUUGAAGAGCUCGGAGAGGAUCUGAUUGGUGUCCUCGCACAGUAUCCCGACACAUUGGGCGGUGUCGAGGACUACCGUGGGCUGGCGGACAAGGUCCACAAGCUCAAGGGCACGUUCGCAGUAGCCACCGACCUCCUUGCUCUGACCCUACUCACUCCUCCGGGUGAGUUUGGUGCAGACGUCGCUUUCGGCAAUGCUCAACGAUUUGGUGUUCCAUUCGGUUUCGGUGGACCUCACGCGGCCUUCUUUGCUGUCAGUGAGAAGCACAAGCGGAAGAUUCCAGGUCGCUUGAUCGGUCUGUCCAAGGAUCGCCUCGGAAACAACGCAGCCCGUCUUGCGCUUCAGACUCGCGAGCAGCAUAUCCGCCGCGAGAAGGCCACUAGCAACAUUUGCACUGCACAGGCUCUGCUCGCCAACAUGAGCGCUAUGUACGCAGUUUACCACGGUCCUGCCGGCUUGAAGAAGAUCGCAGAGAAGGUCGCAAAGAUGGCGCAGGUCCUUGCCAAGGGUCUCGAGAGUGGUGGUCUCGAAGUCCGCCAGCCCGUUGCGUUCGACACGGUUGUCGUCAAGAAGCACGAUGCUCGCGGCUUUGUCACCAAGACUGCUCAGAACUUCAUGACCAACUUCCGCGUAAUCGACGACGAGCACGUCGGCAUUACUGUCGAUGAGACUGUCGGCAAGAAGCAGAUUGAGGAGAUUUUCCGCGCAUUCACCACCGAUGAUGUCGAUGUUGACCAACUCGCUCAGAGCGUGACCGCGACUGGGGGUGUUCCAAAGUCGCUCGUACGCACUUCCGAAUACUUGACCCACCCAGUCUUCAACUCCUAUCACUCCGAGACUGAGAUUCUCCGCUACAUGUACCACCUGCAGUCCAAGGAUCUGUCUCUUGUCCACUCGAUGAUUCCGCUCGGCUCCUGCACGAUGAAGCUCAAUGCUACGACUGAAAUGGUGCCAAUCUCCUGGCCAGAAUUCGCCAACAUUCAUCCUUUCGCUCCCAGCGACCAGACCAAGGGUUACGCCAAGAUGAUUGGAGAGUUGGAAGCGGACCUUUCAGAAAUUACUGGCUUCCACUCCGUCUCUCUCCAGCCCAACUCGGGCGCUCAAGGAGAGUUUGCGGGUCUUCGUGUCAUCCGCAAGUACCAAGAAGACCAACCUGGCAAGAAGCGUGAUAUCUGCCUUAUCCCGGUCUCAGCCCACGGUACCAACCCCGCCUCUGCGGCGAUGGCUGGUAUGCGUGUCGUGACCAUCAAGUGUGACCCCGGUACUGGUAACUUGGACAUGGUCGAUCUGAAGGCCAAGUGCGAGAAGUACAGCGAGGAACUCGGUGCUAUCAUGAUCACAUACCCAUCCACCUUCGGCGUAUUCGAGCCCCAGGUCAAGGAGGCUUGUGACAUUGUUCACAAGCACGGCGGACAAGUCUACAUGGACGGCGCCAACAUGAACGCCCAGAUCGGUCUCUGCUCGCCAGGUGAGAUUGGCGCGGAUGUCUGCCACUUGAAUCUCCACAAGACUUUCUGCAUUCCUCACGGUGGUGGUGGCCCUGGCGUUGGUCCAAUCGGCGUAGCAAAGCAUCUUUCUCCAUACCUCCCCGGCCACCCUCUCGUUGCGAAUGUUGGCGGCGAGAAGGCGAUCGCUCCAAUUUCUGGUGCACCUUGGGGUUCUGCCAGCAUUCUCCCCAUCAGCUGGGCCUACAUCAAGAUGAUGGGCGCCCGCGGUCUCACACACGCCACAAAAAUCACCCUCCUCAACGCCAACUACAUUCAGUCCCGCCUGAAGCCCCACUACCCGAUCCUCUACACCAACGAUAAUGGCCGCUGCGCACACGAGUUCAUCCUCGACACCCGCAAGUUCAAGGAGACGGCCGGCAUCGAAGUCAUCGACAUCGCCAAGCGUCUGCAAGACUACGGCUUCCACUCCCCUACCAUGUCUUGGCCCGUCGCCAAUACUCUAAUGAUCGAACCCACCGAGUCCGAGUCGAAGAACGAACUCGACCGCUUUUGCGACGCGCUCAUCUCGAUUCGCGAGGAGAUUGCGGAGAUCGAGCAGGGCAAGCAGCCGAGGGAUGGCAAUGUUUUGAAGAUGGCGCCGCACAGCAUGAAGGAUUUGAUCCUGAGCAAGUGGGAUCGUCCGUAUACCAGGGAGAAUGCCGCGUACCCGCUGGAUCACCUGAAGGAGAAGAAGUUUUGGCCGACGGUGACGAGGCUGGAUGAUGCGUAUGGUGAUAUGAACUUGUUCUGCAGCUGUGCACCAGUCGAGUCUCUCGAGCAAGUCGAAGGGCUGACAGGCGCUGCUGCUCCCAUGCCUACGUGA